CUCAGUUCUGGUACUCUGUGUAAACAGCCAAGUUAUCAUUGACUCAGUUCUGGUACUCUGUUUAAACAGCCAAGUUAUCAUUGACUCAGUUCUGGUACUCUGUGUAAACAGCCAAGUUAUCAUUGACUCAGUUCUGGUACUCUGUCUAAACAGCCAAGUUAUCAUUGACUCAGUUCUGGUACUCUGUCUAAACAGCCAAGUUAUCAUUGACUCAGUUCUGGUACUCUGUGUAAACAGCCAAGUUAUCAUUGACUCAGUUCUGGUACUCUGUCUAAACAGCCAAGUUAUCAUUGACUCAGUUCUGGUACUCUGUUUAAACAGCCAAGUUAUCAUUGACUCAGUUCUGGUACUCUGUCUAAACAGCCAAGUUAUCAUUGACUCAGUUCUGGUACUCUGUGUAAACAGCCAAGUUAUCAUUGACUCAGUUCUGGUACUCUGUGUAAACAGCCAAGUUAUUGCUUCUCAUUGGGGAUUUAUUCCUUGUGUUAUUAUCUUUCUGUUAUUUCUCUUCCUGUUUCUCCGUAUGGUUGGGAAGGACCGUCAGGAAGCAUUUCACUGUUAGUCUACACCUGUUGUUUACCAAGGACUGGAAUGUUUUUAAAAAUUUGAUUUAGAUUUUGUAACUUUUUUUCUGUGCUGGUGUUUGUCUCAUACCAGCCGUGUGAUGUUGGACGUCCUGAUAAUAGGUGGAGGACCCCAGGCCCUGACCCUGGCCACCCUGCUGUCCUGUCCAGACCAGGCCCUGACCCCACCUCCCCCCAACACAGACAUCCUCCAGGGGAUCCAGCUCAGCCAGGGCAGGGCCAAGACCAGCCGCUCUAAGAGCAAGAGAGGAGGAGCUACCCGACAGCAGACAGCCGAGCCCGAGGAGCAGGCCGCUCCAGAACCAGAGUCAGUUUCAUCCUGCCCUCCGCUGGCCUUCAGAGUGGUGGACUCAUACGGAGCAUGGACCUCGCUGUGGGAGAGCCAGUUCAGAGCACUCAACAUCCCUCACCUUCGCUCACACACCCUGGUGCACACAGACCCACUCAAUAAGAGGGCUUUGCAGGAGUUUGUUCUGGAGAAGGAUCGGACAGCGGAGCUACACUGCCUCCCUGACCACACCUUCAUUCUGGAUGAGAACGCCUUCUUCAACGACAUGCGUCUGGGCAAGAAGGACAGGAGGAGACUGAGCAGCAGCAGAGGCCUACAGAAGAGCCUGUACUUUAGCCUGCCAGGCACCAGGCUCAGUGUGGACUUCUUCAUGCAGCAGGUGGACAAAUAUGGCCUGGACAGUGUCCUGACAAAGGGCACAGUGGACAGACUGACCCCUGUCAUGUCAGAAGGAAUUGUGACAUCAUUCAGGGUAUUCCUUCAGAACGGGGACGUCCUCGAGGCUAGGCGGGUAGUCAUGGCGACCGGGCCGACCCGUGCCCAGAUGGCCAACAUUCCUUUCUGGGUGUCGUCCAUAGCGGAGAGCUACCCUGAGGAACGCCUGCAGCACACCGUGCAGCUCAUGCACCACCACUCACGGUCAACACGGCAACAGGAACCAAGAAGCCAGAACCAGGAACAGGAAGAGAGUUCUUCUUCUCUCUCAUCAGCAGGUCCCCAUGUGGUGUCUGAGCCUGGCCAGAGGGUGGUGGUGGUUGGUGGAGGCCUGACCAGCGCUCACGUCAUCUCCAUCGCUCUGCAGCAAGGAGCCAGUCAUGUGACCUGGGUGAUGCGCAAACACUUACAGCUGAAGCAGUUUGAUGUGGGUGACGUGGAAAGCCUGGUGGGCCGGUACUCCCAUGUGGAGCACGGCAUCAAGAUGGACGGCCUGGCCUACCUGCGCCAGUUCUACAACGAGAGCAGCGUCCAUAAGAGACUGGCCAUGAUCAGACAGGCCAGGAAGGGAGGGGCAGUUACACCUGAGGCCUACACAGCCCUGCAGCCCUACAUCCAGACUGGACAGCUGUCUGUCCGAGCAUACUGCCAGGUGACUGAAGCUAAGUGGUGCUAUGAAAGCCAGGUGUGGAGACUGUCACUGUGUGGACAGAAUGGCUGUGAGACUUGGACUGGGGACAGGAUAUGGCUGGCUACAGGAUGCAAACUGGACGUCAACCAAGACCCUAUGCUCUCUUCUGUCAUCAAGGAAUUCCCUAUUCAGGUCCUGGAUGGCUGGCCUUGUAUAUCUGAGAGCUUGCAGUGGGCUCCAGGCUGUCCUCUGUACCUGAUGGGACAGUACACAGCACUUCAGGUUGGUCCGCACGCGCUGAAUCUGGCAGGAGGACAGGCUGCAAGCGCGCGCAUCGCGAAGGACAUAAUAUUCCAGCACAGCCGGAGUGGUUACGGAGGGACAGGGACACAAACCACGGUGGAGAGAGCACACACCGAAGAAUACAUUCAGCAGAUGCACGGGCUGAUGUGGUUAUGAUUAAAGACUUUAGCGCAAGUAAUGCUUUGAUGUCAAAGGGAGAAUUA